CAGCUAUAGCAUCUUUUAUCUCGGACUGCUCUUCUCUUCAUUCGAAACUUUCGAGCAUAUGGCACUCUCAAAACAGCAAUUUGUUUGCCCGAAAGAAUUUUUCGAAGUUGUUAAUGGCCAAAAGCGUUAUUCUCUGCACCUUCUUGCGGAGCAGUGUGGUUAUGGUCUCCUUUUGGAAUCAAUUGAUAUCGUUCAAAAAGCGAUUUUGAUGUUGAAACUCGGCGCGGAUAUCUCUAGACUGGAUUUCGAUGGCUGUACCAUUCUCCAUACGGUUCUAGGUUGUGUUCGGCGUCAUCAGAUUUCAUCAACCAGGCGAGGACGGGAUUUUAGGCAACGGAUUCGAUCACUCCACGAGCCGAAGGAGUUUCUCAUAGCUUCUAUUACCGCUGGUGCCAAUGUAUACGCCAUUGAUGCUAGAGGCCUAACACCAUCUGUGUAUGCUCGGAUGUUUCAGCGCGAAAUGGAAUGGCUUGACGCUCUCAGGUUGACUGGGUAUGAUCCCGAAGAGGUUAUCGCCCAAUCAGAUCCCGAUUCCCACAAUUGUUUUGGCAGGAAGCAAGCAUCAAGAUUAUCUUUUGAAGAAUACUACUUGCGCCGCGAACGGGAUCUGGAAUCCAGGAAAUCUACCAUUUCUGAUGGUGAGGGUGAGGAUAUCAGUGAGAACGAAGACGACAGUGAAGAUAGUAGUGAAGACGAAGACGAUAGUGAAGAUAGCAGUGAGGACGAAUACAGCAGUGAAAAACUGACCGAGGACGACUAUGAACAAAUGACUGAUCAUGAGAACGAGAAUGAAUUGCUGAAAAUAUGCCAGACAUGUCGCAUGAGCCUUGGUGACGGCAAUGGCAUUACUGAUCAUUAUCGUCCCUUUUUGAGAUGAUUGCAGCAAAUAACAGCGCCUGGACGCGGCGAUGAGAACAGCCGUCAAUGAGAUGAUGUUUAUUCUUACAGGAAGCCUUUGGAGGGCAUCAUGGGGGCAGAACUUUCGACUUUGGAAGGAGAGAAAGUACAGGGCGAAUUUUGAGUGGAAGACACAUGGGUCGGUAAGAUUUUGAUGCCAGCUUUGUGUGUGAUAUAGCUUAGAGCUUCUAUGUGCACCCAAAAAAAGAAUUGCCUCC